AUGAAGGUGAUCGUCUUGUUAACGGCACUGGCGGCUUGCAUUGCUGCAUUGCCUGCUAUUCCUCAUUCAGGUCAGGCUCAAACCAGUGCAGAUGAAUCCUACCUCCCCAUGAGGAUACGGGCCGAGACCAGUGCCGACGAGUCUUAUUUGCCGAUGAAGAGGGCCGAGACCAGCGCCGACGAAUCAUACCUUCCAAUGAGGCGGGCAGAGACGAACGCAGAUGAAUCUUACGACCCUAUGAGGCGCGCUGAAACCAGUGCCGACGAGUCUUAUGACCCCAUGAAGCGCGCUGAAACCAGCGCCGAUGAAUGGGUUCUGUUGGCUUCCGGGUCUCUCAACUCCGAUGUAAGUCUGAGCAAGAGAACACAAACCAGGGAUAAUGAGGCUCAAGAUCACUCGGGAUCAAUCGCAAAUACUGAGUUGUUGGGGGCGCAGCGCGAUAUUUACUCUCGAUUGAGCCCGAAUACUCAUGAAAACCCCUUCUCAACGGGCUUAGGCCACAGGUUGCUGAGGAGGGGUUUCCGGGCAAUUCACUACUUUACACCAGUGUCAAACUCGUACGUCAGUUCAAGCUGGUACAGACUUCAGUUGCCUAAAAUUGUAUCAUUCACCCGCUGA